AUAUUUAAAAUUUGGAUUACAAAGUGUUUGAUUUGAAGGGGAAAAGAAAAGUUCACAUCAUUUGCCAACUGAUGUAAUCCUGAUAGGUUUUGUUCCAUUAUGCUAAAGCAUAUGCUCCCCUUACUCUUGGAUAAAUUCAAUCUUAUAUAAUUCUCACUCCACUCACUGUAAGCUCUCUCUCAUCUUGUAUGCUAAAUAAUUAAUUUUCAAGAUGGCGAAGGAAGUGACAGAAGAAGCAGGGGAGGCUUCGCAGCAAGAAAGAGACUAUGUGGAACCGCCACCAGCACCCCUUUUCGAUCCGGAAGAGCUUGGUCUGUGGUCUUUUUACAGAGCUGUCAUCGCAGAGUUCAUUGCUACCCUUCUCUUUCUCUAUGUCACUGUUGCCACCGUGAUUGGUUACAAGAAACAAACUGACCCCUGUGCAGGCGUUGGCUUUCUAGGCAUUGCAUGGUCUUUUGGUGGCAUGAUUUUCAUCCUUGUAUACUGUACUGCUGGAAUAUCAGGUGGUCACAUUAACCCAGCUGUGACCUUUGGUUUGUUCUUGGCAAGGAAGGUGUCACUGGUGCGAGCAAUUGCUUACAUGGUUGCUCAGUGCUUGGGAGCAAUAUGUGGAGUAGGUAUAGUUAAGGGAAUUAUGAAGGACUUUUAUAAUGCACAAGGAGGUGGUGCUAACACUGUGGCUGCGACAUACUCCAAGGGAACUGCUCUUGGAGCUGAGAUUAUUGGGACUUUUGUCCUCGUCUAUAUUGUGUUAUCUGCCACUGACCCCAAGCGUAACGCGCGUGAUUCUCACGUUCCUGUUUUGGCUCCCUUGCCAAUUGGUUUUGCAGUUUUUAUGGUGCACCUAGCUACCAUCCCCAUAACAGGCACUGGAAUCAACCCGGCUCGUAGCUUUGGGGCUGCUGUUAUAUAUAACAACGACAAAGUCUGGGAUGACCAGUGGAUCUUCUGGGUAGGGCCAUUUGUGGGAGCACUUGCUGCAGCAAUAUAUCACCAGCACAUACUGAGAGGCACAGCCAUAAAAGCACUGGGAUCGUUCACCACCAACAAUUAAUAACAACUAAGCGAAUCCCUCCUCUCUGCAAAUCUCCUCUAUAUGGCAUGCAGUCAGCUAGCUGUAUAAUUGUAUUUGUAUUUCAUUGUUUUCGUUCGUAGUCUGGAAUCUGCACUUUAUGGUGAUUGGAGACUUGUGAGCUUGUGUUUGUGGUCUCUUCAAUUAUUGGUUCAUCAAACAUUUUAAUUUGUAAAUCUGAUUUGUAGUUAAAAGUUGGUUUUCUUGUUUUAA